CUCUUCUUCUCUCUUUCUAAUUAAUUAUCAACAUUUAAAUCGUUCUAUCAUCGACUUUAGCAACUUAUUUGAAUCAGCAGUAUACCAAACAUGGCUCAAGUUGAAGAUAGUGUAAAAAGACGAAAAUUGGAUUCCUCCCAAGCAAUGGAGAGUUUAAAACUUACUCGAGGUGGUGGCGCUUACAUUCCUCCUCAUCGUUUACGUCAACUACAACAAAAUAUGACGGAUAAAUCAAGUGAAGAUUAUCAACGUAUGACCUGGGAAGCUUUGAAAAAGUCCAUCAAUGGUUUGAUCAACAAAGUCAAUGUUGGUAAUCUCAAGAUGAUCGUUCCUGAACUAUUUGGUGAAAAUCUGGUACGUGGACGUGGUCUAUUCUGUAAAAGCAUCAUGAAAGCUCAAAGUGCCAGUAUACCUUUCACUCCUAUCUAUGCAAGUAUGGUGGCUGUGAUCAAUACAAAACUUCCUUCUAUUGGUGGUCUUUUGGUGACUCGAUUGGUAAUUCAAUUUCGUCGUGCAUUCCGUCGAAAUGACAAGACUGUUUGUUUAGCUGUUUGUCGAUUCAUCGCUCAUCUUACCAAUCAAUUGGUAGUUCAAGAAAUUCUGGCCAUGCAAAUGCUCUUCUUAAUGUUGGAACGACCUACAGAUGACUCGGUUGAAAUUGCAGUGGGUUUUAUGCGUGAAGUGGGUGCUCAUUUGGCUGCAGUAAAUCCCAAAGUAGAUAAUGGUAUUUUUGAACGGUUUCGAUCUAUUCUUCAUGAAGGCGACAUUGACAAACGUGUACAAUAUAUGAUUGAAGUACUAUUCCAAGUUCGCAAAGAUAAAUACAAGGAUAAUCAACCUAUUAUGACAGAACUCGACUUGGUAGAAGAAGAAGAUCAGAUCACCCAUCAAAUCGCAUUGGACGACGAAGAUCUGGAUGUAGAAGACGAACUCAACAUAUUCAAAUAUGAUCCUGACUAUGAAGAAAACGAAGAAAAGUACACAGCCAUCAAGAGAGAAAUCCUAGGGGAUGGAUCGGAUGCCGAAUCUGAAAGUGGUGAAAGUGAUGAAGGUAGUGAAGAAGAAAGUGAAAGUGAAGAAGAAGAUCAAGGUAUGGAUAUUCGGGACGAAACUGGUGCUGAUGUGGUGGAUCUUCGACGAAAAAUCUAUUUGACCGUGAUGUCCAGUGUUGACUUUGAAGAAUGUUGUCACAAGCUGAUGAAAUUAACAAUUCCUGAAGGACAAGAGAUCGAACUUUGUAAUAUGAUUAUCGAAUGUUGUUCUCAAGAAAGAACUUAUCUUAAAUUCUAUGGUCUUAUGGCGGAACGAUUUUGCAAAAUGAGUCGUGUAUGGGCGGACAACUUUAUCAAAGCUUUUGAAGAAACUUUUGAAACGGUGCAUCGAUAUGAAACCAAUCGUUUACGAAAUAUUGCCAAACUCUUUGGUCAUGUCUUUUUCACUGAUUCUCUACCAUGGACAUGUUUCUCUGUGAUCCGACUCACGGAAGAUGACACAACAUCAGCAUCCCGUAUUUUUAUCAAGAUCUUAUUCCAAGAAAUCAGUGAAUUCAUGGGUCUCAAAAAACUGAAAGCACGCCUGGAAGAUCCUGAUUUUGUUGACAGUUUCACUGGUAUGUUCCCAAGAGAUAAUCCUAAGAAUACUCGAUUUGCCAUCAACUAUUGGACAAGUAUUGGUCUUGGUGCUUUGACAGAAGAUUUACGAGAUUGGUUACGAACGGCUCCUCAACAAAUCAUGAAGGGACAAAGGGAUGACAGUAGCAGUGACAGCGACACCGAUAGCAGCAGUGGUAGUGAAAGCAGUAGUGGUAGCAGCAGCGGUAGCGAUACUGAUAGUGCCAGCGAUAGUGCCAGCGAUAGUGAUAGUGAUAGCCGUAGUGAUAGUCGUAGUGAAAGUGAUAGUGAUAGUGAUCGUAGUAGAAACUAUCGAAGACGUUCUUCCAGACGUAGUCGACGUUAAUUAUUUUUAUUGAACCAUUUUGUUUUUGUGAUUUGUAAAUAAAAAAUAUUCUUUUUUUUUUGUUUUG